AUGGCUGUUCCUGAUUAUAAAUUAAGUGCUGUUUUAUGCGGGCACUCCCUGGACGUGCGAUGUGUGGCUACGACAAAAGAAUUUUGUAUAUUAUCUGCUUCACGCGACAGGACCGCAAAGCUUUGGCAUCCGGAAGGAGUUAAAGACUUUGUGAACGUAGUGACGUAUAAAGGGCACAGGAAUUUUGUGUCGUGUGUGUGCUGGUUGCCUCCUUGUGAAGCGUAUCCCGACGGUUUGGUUGUGACGGGGAGCAAUGACAAUACAAUACUAGGGUAUAACCUGCAGGACGGCGUGAUCCAGGUGACACUGGAAGGUCACGAAAACGCUGUGUGUAGUGUAACACCUGGGAGAGAUUCUGGAAUUUUACUAAGUUCAAGUUGGGACAGUACAGCGAAAGUAUGGAACAUAAAUGCAAGUCGCUUACCUCCACUCUCCCUCAAAGGCCACCAGGCGGCCGUGUGGGCAGCCGUGGAACUGUUCAACGAUACAUACGCUACAGCAUCUGCUGACAAAACCAUUAAGCUGUGGAAGAAAGAUGGAACUAUCAUUAGCACUUUGACUGGCCACACAGAUUGUGUCAGAGAUCUGGCAGUAGCCAACCCUGAAACUUUCCUCAGCUGUUCAAAUGAUGCAUCCAUCAAACACUGGACUAACAAGGGGCAGUGCCUUAACACAUUCUAUGGACAUUCUAACUAUAUCUACAGUAUCAGCAUGAACCCAGUAGUGCAGCAAGGUUUCGCGACGUGUGGCGAGGACGGCGCGGUGCGGCUGUGGGCCGGCGGGGACUGCGUCAGGGACAUCAGGCUGCCGGUGCAAUCCGUCUGGAGCAUCACGUGUCUCGACAACGGAGAUAUUGUUACUGGUUCCAGUGAUGGUGUAGUACGAGUAUUCACAAAGGACCCGGCGAGGUACGCGGACGAAGCCACACUCAAGCAGUUCGAGGAAGAUGUCGCCAAGAUGCAGGCAGCCACUCAACAGGAGAUUGGAGGAUUCAAAUUAUCUGAAUUACCAGGUCCUGAGGUCCUCCUAGAGCCAGGCAAAACAGAUGGACAGACGAAACUAGUCCGUCGCGGCACCAACGUCAAGUGUUACUCGUGGAGCGCCGCGGAGAGCACGUGGAACGAGAUCGGUGACGUCAUGGGGACACCGCCUUCUAGCGAGGGGAAGACUAUGUACCAGGGGAAGGAGUACGACUUUGUAUUCAGCGUGGACAUCAAGGACGGUGCGCCUCCAAUAAAACUCCCAUUCAACAAGACUGAAGACCCUUGGGUUGCCGCUCAAGCCUUUAUACACAAAAACAAUUUACCUCAAGUAUAUUUGGAGCAGGUCGCGAACUUUAUUAUUACUAACGCUAAAUUGGAUUCACAACCUGUAUCAAGUAAUGGUUUCGCGGAUCCGUUUACAGGCGAGUCUCGUUAUGUGCCGGGCUCUGGUUCAGUCCCGGGCCUGCCGCCGCCCUCCCACGCCGACCCAUUCACGGGGGCCGGCGCGUACACUACUGCCAGUACCACUACAUCGAGGGAGAAAAUGCUGAUACCUCACGAUGCUUAUAUUAGGUUCGAUCAAGCCAACUUGAAAGCGAUACACGACAAGCUGAAGGAGUUCAACAGUAAAGUAGGAGACGGACUGAGCGCACUCACUGACGAACAGCUGGAAAGUGUCGUCAAAUUGUGUGAACCGAAUAAUGCGUACAACAAUGAAACCAUAUUGAUACUAAAGAAAAUGCUGGAAUGGCCCAAAGAAAUACUAUUUCCAGUAUUGGACGUAACUAGGUUAGCAGUUAGGAAUAAAGAAAUAAACGGCCAGAUAUUCGACACGGCUUACGGCGCAACGUUCAUCAAAUAUCUUCUGUCUCUCUUAGGACCAGAUAACCUCCCAGCCAACCAGAUGUUAGCGAUGCGAGUGUUAGUGAACGCAUUCAGUGACCUCCCCGGAGAGAUGCUGGUCCUGGCCGCCAGGGAGAGUGUCGUGCACUCUCUCAUAUGUCUCUCACAACUCAAUAAUAAUGCUCAGAUUGCAGCGACAUCGUUGGUCUUGAACCUGUCAGUAGCGCUGGCGCAACAACCCGACAGUGUGGACCUCGCAGACUGCUUGGUACAACUGCUGCCCAAGAUUACGGACAAUGAAGCAUAUUUCAGAGGUUUAGUAGCACUCGGCACUCUUCUAGCGGAAUCUCCAAACAAGCUACAAAUUCAGGCAAGAGUAGUAUCCAGCAGCCAAGUACAUAACAGGCUGAAAAAGGAUAGUGGCAACACUAUGGACCAGAAUUACGCGAAAAUAGCAACACUGUCGCAACAAGUACUCAGUCUCUUAUGA